ACCCCAAAUCUCUGUCCAACACCACACAGUGCUAAUAAACUCUUGUCUUCUCCACCUGGAGAACAUAUUUUAGAGGGAGCAAAGCUUGCGGAACACCAGAGAACUUACCCAGCCAAGAAGCCAUUUUCAUGUUCUGAAUGCGGGAAAUGUUUUACGCGAAAGUCAUCUCUCAUCACACAUGAAAGACUUCACACAGGAGAGAAGCCAUCUCACCUCAUUAACCACGAGACAACUCAUACAGCUGAGAAACCUUUUUCCUGCUCCGAGUGUGGGAGGUGUUUUUCCCGCAAGGUAAUUCUCAUGUCCCACCAGAGGUCACACACAGGGGAGAAGCCAUAUUCAUGUCUGGAAUGUGAGAGAUGUUUUUCUUCAAAAGAUCAACUUAUCAGACACCAGACUCGUCACACAGGGGAACGACCUUUUUCAUGUUUAGAAUGUGGGAAAUGUUUCAGACAGAAGUCGGAUUUUGCCAAACACAAGAGAGCCCACACCUCUGAAAAGCCCUUUACCUGUUCGGAGUGUGGGAAAAGGUACUCUUGGAAAAACCAGCUUAUUAGACAUCAGAGGGGCCACACAGGUGAAAAGCCAUUUUCCUGCAGGGACUGUGGCAAAUGUUUUUUAGAAAGGUGGCUUCUGGUUAACCACGAGAGAGCUCACAGGUCCGAGAAACCCUUCCCCUGUACUGAAUGUGGAGAAUGUUUUUCCCGGAGAGGACACCUCAUCUCACACCUGAGGUCCCACACAGGGGAGAAGCCUUAUUCAUGUUCUGAAUGCGGCAAAUGUUUCAGCGGACGGCCUAAUCUCAUUGCACACCAAAGAAUUCACACAGGUGACCGCCCGUUUUUAUGCACUGAAUGCGGGAAAUGUUUUUCUGAUAAAUCAAACCUUGCUGCCCAUCAGAGAAUCCACACCGGUGAUCGCAUCUACUCCUGUUCAGAGUGUGGAAGAGGCUUCACUCAAAGGUCAAAUCUUGUUAGACAUGAGAGAGUCCACACCGGUGUUCAACCAUUUUCCUGCUCCAAAUGUGAGAAAAAGUUCUCAAGGAAAUCUUCCCUCAUCUCACAUCUUAGUUCCCACAAGAGAAAAGAGGUGGAAGAUAUUGAAGCCAAGGAAAUCUUGCUGUAG